AUGGAGCCCAACAGCCCCCGUAAGAUCCAGUUCACGGUCCCGCUGCUGGAGCCGCAUCUCGACCCGGAGGCGGCCGAGCAGAUCCGGAGGCGCCGGCCGACUCCUGCCAACCUGGUGCUGAGCAGCGACCAGUCGUCCCCAGAGAUCGAUGAGGACCGGCUGCCCAACCCCCUGCUGAAGUCGGGUCUCACCAUGUCCCCCAGGCAGAGGAAGAAAGUUUCCCGCACCACCCCGACCAUGAAAGAGCUGCAGAUGAUGGUGGAGCAUCACCUGUGCAAGCAGGGGCAGGGCGGGGAGGAGGAGGAGGAGGAGGAGGAGGAAGGGGAGGAGGAAGCAGCCGCUGCCAAGCAGGAGCGUGGCACCAGCCAAUGCCAACGCGCUGACGUCGAGCACAGCCACAGCCCCGGGGGUACUUGCCCGUUGGCCACACACGAAGGUGGUCCAGGGCCUGGCAAGAGGAGCCAGGGAGAUGGGCAGCAGAGCCCAGCUGAGGAGGGCACCCACAGAGCACCCAAGGACACCAGAGGCAAAGGUGCUGCCAGCAGCCAGUAGGUGCCCGCGCUGUUGGCUCCGGGGCUGUUGCAGCCGGUCGCCGCCGCCGUCGCUGUUUUUUAUUCGUCCCCUUUUCUAAGAGCC